AUGUCUUCAGUCAAGAAUAGGAACGGUUAUAUGAUGUCUUGUUCAACUUACACUGACAAUGAAAACCAUUUCCUUGUUGAUUCCCGCUAUGAAAUCAUUAAAGUAUUAGGUAAAGGUUCAUAUGGAGUUGUUUGUUUAGCUAUAGACGCCAAGAGUUUGAAUUCCGGUCAUGAACACAAGAUUGCUAUCAAAAAAGUGACAAAGAUCUUCAACAAGGAUAUACUAUUAAUUAGAGCUAUCAGAGAGCUUAAAUUCAUGAAGUUCUUUCGAGGUCAUAAAAAUAUUUCGACUUUGAUCGACUUGGAUGUUGUGUACGUCAAACCGUAUGAUGGAUUAUACUGCUUUCAAGAGUUGGCAGAUUUGGAUUUGGCAAGAGUGUUGUAUUCCAAUGUUCAAUUCUCCGAGUUUCAUAUUCAAAAUUUUAUGUACCAAAUCAUGUGUGGAAUCAAAUACAUUCAUUCAGCCGAUGUCAUACAUCGAGAUUUAAAACCCGGUAAUAUAUUAGUGACUACACAGGGGAUUCUCAAGAUUUGUGAUUUUGGAUUGGCACGAGGAAUUAAUCCAAAAUACUUCAAGAAUCGUUCUGCUACAAUCACGAACUAUGUUGCUACGAGAUGGUAUCGGGCACCCGAAUUAAUCUUGUCAACCAAGAAUUACACAAAAGCGGUUGAUAUCUGGGCGGCUGGGUGUAUUCUUGGAGAAUUGUUUGGGAGACGACCAUUAUUUCCCGGCAAGAAUCUGAAUGAACAAAUCCAUGAGUUGUUCAAGAUCUUGGGCAAUCCUCCAUUGGAUACGGUUAAAAAAUACAACUGGAAAGUGGAGGGGUUGCUCUGGGUUAAGUACAAACCUGUAAAGUGGAAAAGCUUAUACCCGUUUGCUCCGCAUGAGGCAAUUAAUUUGUUAGAAAAGUUAUUACAAUGGGAUUACAAAAAAAGAUUAGAGGUGGAGCAAAUCCUCGGCCAUGCAUUUUUCAGAAAUACGAGAAAUGCCUCGGACGAACCUGUAUCUAAGGAAUUGUUUGAUUUUAGUUUUGAAGGGCGUGCCAACAAUAUUUCACAACUAAAGGACUUGUUAGAGCUCGAAGUUAAGCAUUUCAAAGAUACUUGCAAGGUCGGACUUGACGGAUAG